AUGUUGAAUAAUGACUGAAUCAUCGCAACCAUGUUUUCUUUCACACCAAAAAGAGGUGCACGAUUUCUAAUUACAAAAAUAGAGUUACGGGUGCAUGCUAACUUUCGAGUCUUGUAUAAUAUGUGCAUACAUGUAAUAGGAAUGACUUGUAGGCGGAAUUACAUAAUUUGCUAUCCCAUUCGAAUUACUUUUCUAAUAUGCAUACGAAAGCCACUUUUUACAUGACAUAUCUAACUGAAAAGCUGCAGUUUUCCACUUUUCAUCAUUUUGUAAUUAUGUAGUCCAACCUAAAAGUCCCGAAUCCGGGUAUUUGUAUAACGGCGAGCCAUGGAAAAUCGAUGCACGAGAAUUUCCGACACAUAACUUUCUCCUCCACGUUCUUCUGGUCAGCAGCCCCUUGGAGUCAGUCGAAAGUCAGUGUUUCCCAACCUGCUGCUCUACCAACCAUUUGCCACUUGACAUUUGCAAGUGAACAUGCUGGAAUUUCUGCUGGCCUCUAAGCAGAUAUUUGCCCGCUAUGCCGAGAACAUUCUCCCUUCGUGGGAGGAGGCUUAAUUAGAUAACAACUACUCAGAUAACUACAUAUCUAAAUAGAUUUCUCCGUCAACAAGUUUUCUCCAAGUUUAUUUCCUCGUAAAUCUAGAAUUUCUAGUAGUGUAAAUUCGGUCAGCAGAAUGGAGCUUUUAGGGCAGACGAGUAAAAAUGACAAUCUCGAGACAUCGUCUUGUCGUAGUCGCACUGUGGUUCUCGUGGUAUUAGCAGUGUUGUUGUGGUCUCCGAGCUGCGUGUCCUCCUCCCACAACUCCAACCCCUUUGGCAGCAGCCGCAUAAACGUCAACAACGGUCCUUUUGAAGACUCCUUGUUCGACGACGAAUUCCCAGCCAAUUUGGGUGGUCCUCGCACGUCGUCGGGGGGUGGAGGAGUCGUGUCGUCGUCCAUGUGCCUCCCCAACUAUGAGAUAAGCGAGGGGAGCAUCAUUCGGACCAAGGAUUCUGUGGACUUGGGGGCCCGCUUCCUGAACGAGUCCGACCUGGGGAUGAACGGAAGGGAGGAGUGUUUGACCCUCUGUUGUCGCACCCCGUACUGCAACGUCGCCGUCUUCCAAGAAAAGAGCUCUGGAAGCUGUUACAUGUUCGACUGUGGGCCGCCGGAAGACUUUCGUUGCAAAUUUACUUCCCAGAUCCAAUAUAUGAGUGGAAUUCUGAGAAGAAAGGAAAUUCAGACGUCCUCCAACGUACAAAGUGAUAAUAAUCCGCCGCAUUCUUCCAACGCAGGUUCAAACGGAAGGGGAAAUAACCAACACGAAACAGAGCUAAAUCAACUCAGGAGCCGUGGGGACGAGUUGUUGGAAAAGGGGAUGAGCAAAGGCAACCUGACUCCGAUUGUCAGCAGCAGAAGUGAGGGGAACAAUGUUGGGGGUGGAGCCCUGCCACCCACGUCAGCAUCGGCCAUCGUCCCUUUGCUAGGCCCACUCGACGGCGUUUCACGCAGAUGCAGUCGAUGGCAGUUUGAGUGCAAGUCUUCUGGAGAAUGCAUCGCAAUUUACAACGCCUGCGAUGGCAUCCCCAAUUGUGAGGACGGUUCUGACGAGAGCCCAGAACUUCAUUGUCCUUCAGUGAUUGGACAAGCACCUCCCUCGACACAUGUACAUCCCUCAAACUCACAAUCCGAUCCCGCUUCCGGAGGCAACAACCCCGCAGGGCACAAAACCACUGGCAACGAAGUCAACCCGGGACAGAGAAUGGGACAAAGUAGCAGUGGCAGUGGGAGCCCUUUGGGGAAGGGAAACAGCGACCACAUCUUCAACCACAAGGGCGGAGGUGUCAUGGAUCAAAAUUACGGGGGCCAGUUGCAGCAGCAGCAAAAGCAUUUAAAUCCAUUUAUGAAGCAAGGGUACGACUAUCCAAAUGGGGAUCAGUUGCAGAACUCUGGUUACGUGGGGCAAAACUAUCUUCCGAAUUCUCCGCUUUCCAAUACUGCCUAUGGUGGUGCUAGUGGGCCAGGGUCCUACAACCCUUACAACAACGCCGGUUACCAAAACCAAGCCAUGAAUCUCCCACAAUUUAACGGACAACAACCCAACCUGAACUUAAAUAACUUCCAAGUUCCCCCCAUCUUGCAGCAACAGCAACAGCAGCAGCAGCAGACCUACUACGGUCCACCCAACAGCAAUGUCGCCCUCAACCAAGCAUCCCAGCAAAACCCACUCUUCAACCCAAGUGCAAGUAACAACAACGCCAUGUUGAGUGCCGUUGGUGUGAAACCAGGGGAAAUCGAAAGUGCAAAUUCACAGAGAUUAUUGCAACCAAAAUCAGACACCACAACGGUACCAAAAUUAGACUCGCAGUCAAAAUCUAACGCUGUGACAAGUUCGCCUUCGAUUCAAAAUGCAAACUCAAAUGGAGACAAGUCAAGAAAGGAAGGAGUGAAAAUAAUAUCGACCCAAAUUCAUGGUGGUGCUGAGUUGGAGGCCGAGAAUAAGUUGGAAGACGAAAUUUUAAAAAACCUUAAAAAUCAGCCUUACGACGAGGCUGCAACCGCAGCAGUUCACUUAGAUUCGGACGAGUUGUCCCCCCACAAGGCAGGUCCAGGUGCGGUCUUUCUCUUUAUUGUGGGACUGGGCAUGAGCGUCGUGCUGGCAGUGAUAGUGGGGUGUCGACUGCGACGUUUAGGGGCGGGUGCAAGAAGGCUGAGGAAAAACAGACUCGACCCUGAUUACUUGGUCGACGGCAUGUACCUCUAGUAAACCUUGGAGGAGAAACUCUGUAAGAGAACGUGGCGGAUGAUCCGAUGAGAAAUUUAAGAGCAAACAGCUCCAGUUUGACAUCAACUCUUCCAUAAUUAUAAUUUGUACUAAAUGCAUGCAGACAUGAAGGAAAUGGUGUAGUACCGUUCAUACAUAUAGUCAGACGAUGUUGAUAUUUGACGUGUUUAAAUCUGUAUUCGAAUAAAACUAAUAAUAUGUCUGCAA